AUGAAAUUCUGUUGUACAAGUGGAAUCAGUUCAAAAUCAAGAAAAUCAUUGAAUAAAAACAAUGAAAAGAAAAUGAAAAAACCAAAAGAAAAAAUAAAUCAUUCAUUAUCGUCAUCAUCAUCGAUUUAUUAUACAAAUAUGUCAAUACCUCACAUUAAAAAAUAUGAUAGUGGCUUUUCCGAAACAGCAACAACAUUAUCAUCAUCAUCAUCAAGAGAACAUUCAGAAACAAUACUUGAACAAAUUCUUUCAUUUGAAAAAAAUUAUUAUGAAAAUUUAAAACAAUACAUUAUUAAAUACUCACGACCAUUAAGACGUUAUUUAAAUUCUGAUGAAAUUGUUGAUCUCUUUCAAAAUAUCGAAAAAAUUUCUGCAAUAUCCGAAUCAAUUAUUCGUCAAGGUGAAAAGUUACUUGAUAAUACUGAUAAUAUAUCAAAUAUAUCCAUUUCUAUGAUUUAUCAAUCUUGGUCUGGCGUAAUGAUUGAUUCAUAUAAUUCAUAUUUAUCACGUAGUAUACAAGCACAAAAUGCAUUAAAACAAUAUGAAAAUAAAAUUGCAUAUUUUCUUCAAUUUCCAAUUGAAUAUAUUGAACGAGAAAUUAUUGCAUUUAUUCUUUCGCCUAUUCGACAUGUUUGUUUAUUAAAUGAUUUAUUUCAAUCAAUGCUUAUUGAACAUUCACCAAGUACAAAUAAUAUUGAUUGGAAAAUUAUUGAAGAUGUGAGACUAUUAGCACGACAAGCGAAUGUUAUUCUUCAAUCAUCAUGUAUUAAUCAACAUGAUAACACCGUAUUAACACUAGAAUCAUCGAUUUAUUGUGCACCUAAUGUAACACUUGAAACAUCACAAGAUACAACUUUACAAUCAGAAAUUCUACCAACUAUUGUUCUUCAUCGUACAAAUAAAGAACCAUGGGAACCUAAACAACUUGAAUUGUCAGAUUUAAGAUUAAAAUUAACUGAAAUUGAUCGAACAAACAUAUCGUCAUCAUCAUCUAUAACAACAAGUUUAUGCUUAGCAAAUGUUGUACAUAUUCAAGAAGAUUGUAUGAACAAAGAAUUACGUUUAAUAGUAGCUCGAACAAUAAAGAAAUCAUCAAAAUCAGCAUCCGUAAAAAUGCUCUGUAUACAUUUACGUUUUGAACAUAAAAAUGAAUAUUUUACUUGGUUUCAACAGUUAACAAAUGCUGUACAACAAGCAAAAGAUCAAAGUUGGACAAAGAAAAAUGAACUUGUUAUUUAA